GACGAGCGGUGACGUGUUCUUUGAUGUCCUCAAACGUAACACCCGCCCUCAGUAUGCGCGGUGCAUUCUGGGUCCACCUCAAGAUGGCGGCGCCCUUGCACGAGUGUUGAGAAACAGUGUCAGCUGAAAGUCUGAUUAAAAUUAGCCACAGUUCUACAGUGUUGAUCCAUCGUCAACAAUAACAGAAAGAGACCGUCGGAAAGUAUCAAGCGCCUGCCGUGGCUCACGCAGAGUGUGUUUAAGGAUGAUGAUGGGCCGCUGCGCCUGACUCAGAACCAAAAGGAGAGCAAUCGCAGAUUCCCCUGCAAACACCUCUUGAUCCAGCGCCUGCAGAUCCUCUACAGGCUGUGGACGCUGCCAUUUAAGCUGCUGACGGGAGUGAUCUGUGUGAGAUCCAGAUCCAGCUCAAGCUUUGGAGAACUCGGCUGAUCAGAGAUUUGUUAUGAAAAUGGAUGUUGAGCUGGUUCACUCCCCUGUGGUUGGUCUGGCGGAGGAGGAGGAGGUGGACAUGACUGACUGGAACCUUCCACUGGCCUUCAUGAAGAAACGCCACACAGAGAAAAUUGAGGGAUCCAAAGCUUUGGCUCAGAGCUGGAGAAUGAAAGACAGGAUGAAAACAGUGAGUGUGGCUCUAGUUUUAUGUCUCAAUGUUGGCGUGGACCCUCCUGAUGUAGUCAAGACUUCACCCUGCGCCAAACUAGAGUGUUGGAUAGACCCUCUAUCCACGAGUCCACAGAAAGCCCUGGAGACGAUAGGGGCCAAUCUACAGAAACAGUAUGAAAACUGGCAGCCCAGGGUGGCAGCAAUAAACCCUAACCAUCCACUGGUUCAGAUGCCCCUGCCUCCCUCCAUGAAGAACUGCAUUCAGCUGGCCGCCUGUGAGGCCAGUGAACUCCUGCCUAUGAACCCUGACCUCCCCGCUGACCUUUUCACCUCCUGUCUCACUACACCAAUCAAAAUUGCCCUACGCUGGUUCUGUAUGCAGAAGGGUGCAAAGCUGGUGCCAGGAGUGACCUUGGACCUAAUUGAGAAUUUCCUGCCAUGGUUAGCUGUUCUUCUCCACGGUGUGUUACCUCAUCUCAGAUGCUCAGAUGAAAACCAAGAUCACCUUCACCCCUCAAGGAUCCCGGGCAGGCUGAAUGACAGAAGGACACCAUUAGGAGAGCUGAACUGGAUUUUCACAGCUAUCACUGACACAAUUGCAUGGAACGUCCUGCCGAGAGAUCUCUUUCAGAAAUUGUUUCGUCAAGAUCUUUUGGUGGCCAGUCUAUUUAGAAAUUUCUUAUUGGCUGAGAGAAUAAUGAGGUCAUACAACUGUACACCAUUCAGCAGCCCCAGGUUGCCCCCCACAUACAUGCACGCUAUGUGGCAGGCGUGGGACCUUGCGGUGGACAUCUGCCUCUCCCAGCUUCCCACCAUCAUCGAGGAGGGCACAGCUUUCAGGGUGAGCAUGACUGAUACUGCCUCUGUGUGAAGAUCAGACAGAGAGAGACACUUUCAUGAUCAGUUAUUCAGGGUCUUCCAUAGCUAUUAUUCCUUUGUCUUAAAUUAGCACUGCAGUCCUACUUAUGAUUUCAGUUGUAGAAUCUAAUCAUACUCGGAGUGAUUUGUAUAUUUGCCCUCUGUAGUUAUUUAAUUUGAUCUGGUCACAUGUUCUAAAUGUUAAUAUCACAACUUUUUGGUGUCUGGAUUGUUGUUUUGAAAUUUUAAUAUGAUAAAUAAAAGUACAACAUUGUUAACACAACCAGUGCAAAAGAUACUGAAUAUUGGGGGGCUUUCAAACCUGUUUUUCCCUCAUGAACACCAUGUCUAAAAGUGUUUUAUUUACUUUUUUUCCACCUCUUUUUGUGCUCAGUUUUACUGGAUAUGAGGUGCAUUUCCUGUUGUUUCUGAUAUGCUCUUCUGCCAUAACAGCUGAAUUUCUCUCCUGGGAUCAGAAAAAUGUUAUCUAAUGCAGAGGUCCUUAACCACCGGGUCGCGACCCACUACCGGGCCGUGGAAGAAUUGCUCCCGGGUAGCAAGAACAUUCUGGGAAAAAUGUGUACAGAUAUGACAAUCUGUUAUUUAUUGCAUGUUAAUGAUUGUUCUUAUUAUUCAGUAAUUUCGUUGUAUGCGAUUGAUAUGGAGUAGCAAUUUGACGAUUUCAUGACAAAUAAGUAAAUGAAAAUUGCUCUGAUCUGUCACAUAUUAGGGGUUAAAUGGAUCACAGUUGAUCCUUUAUACGUAUGGACGAAACCCUAGACUGUUCAGCACGCACGUGAUUCACAGAUUAAGUUGCCAAUUUACACGUCAAGCAAUUUUAAACCACAAGAAUAAGGAACGAAAGAGAACUCAAUUCGAUACUCACACGCUGUUCUCGCACACAAAGCGCGCACAAGCAUAUAAAGAUGUUUCAGAAAGCGUGUAAAUACCAAGUUGCGUAUAUGUACACAUAAAA